AUGGCUUCCGGGCCCAACACCUUCGCGACCAUGGCGGUCUUCACCGCCGAGAAAUUCCAAGGCAACCCUCUGGCAAUCGUCUCUGUCCACGGCAAUUCGCUCACCCAACAGCGCAAGUCUCUCAUCGCCAAGGAGUUCAGAUGCCCGGCGACCUGCUUUCUACAUGAUGCUGCAGGACCGGGACAGCCCCGGACUCUGGAGAUAUUCACAGACAAGGGCGAGGAACUUCCCUUCCUCGGACAUCCAGUUAUCGGAGCCGCACACUUUAUCUUUAUCUAUCUCGAGAAAUUGCAAUACGGCGGCCCGGCGGAUCGAGACAACAACCGCCAAACGGCGGUGUUGUUGACCAAGGCCGGAAAGAUCCCAAUCUUCUUCAACCCGUAUCGACAGAUUGCGGCUUGCGCCGUUCCCACUACAUUCCACGUCCAUGCACAUCAAGUGCCGAUGGAAAGGAUCAUCUCCACCCAACCGCAUGUACAGAUCGUGCCCACGAUCGACAAGGAGAAGGGCCGGACGUUUCCCCUCGUCUCCAUUGUCAAAGGCCUGAGCUUCGUGCUUGUCGACUUCACAGAUAACCCGGAGCUCUUUGCAACUCUAGAACCCGGCAAGGCUCCCGAGGCUGAGUUGGACCAGAAUUGGUCGCCCAGCUUUGUUGGCUGCAUGUAUUACAAGCUUUUGGCCAAGUCUGAACAACCGGGCGAGCCUACCAUUCACAAUAUUCAAGUCCGAAUGAUGACGAACGGCACCGAAGACAGCGGCAGCGGCAGCGGUUGCUCUGCCCUGGCAUGUUAUCUGGCCUUGCAUGGUCCGUCGGAGGCCAAAGAUCCCAAACCGUCUGACCAGGAUGCCGAUCUGGCGAAGAAGGCCGAGGACCUGAAGCUCGAGGCGAAGACUGAAAGGAAAGUAUUUGGCAUUCAACAGGGUGUUGAGAUGGGCCGUGUGUCCACCAUCGCUGUCGAAGUGGAUGUGAAGACAGACACGGACGGAUCGCGGAGCAUCACGAAUGUCAUCUUGUCUGGCAGGGCCAGUGCGAUGAGCGAAGGCAAGCUUCUCGGAUUCUAG